CGUACAUAUUGUUGUCAACAGAGAUGGCGCUGCGCGAAGGAGCCCUGCGUUUAAACGUGCUGGUCAGAAGCCGUCAUUUUUACAAGUUAACUUCACUGGGUGUUGGUGCCCGCUCGUUGACUGAGAAAGUGUCAUCUAAACAAGUAAAGUCCAGUGCCCCAGAGACCGCGGCCGACCACUUAAUCUACACACAAGAGCACUUUGCAUUAAAGGAGUCCCUCAGAAAGCUCAUCGACCAGGAGAUCAACCCUUACGUCGAUCAAUGGGAAGCAGAAGGGAAGUUUCCAGCCCACAAGCUCUUCAAGAUCUUAGGAAAUGCAGGAUUUCUAGGAGUCAACAAACCAGUUGAAUAUGGAGGCUUGGGCCUCGACUUCAGCUUCAGUGCAGCAGUGGCAGAGGAGCUGGGCAACAUCCGCUGUGGAGGAAUCCCCAUGGCCAUCGGGGUACAAACUGACAUGACGACUCCGGCACUGGCCAGGUUUGGUUCGGAUGAGCUUAAGAAGGAGUUCCUCCUUCCCUCCAUCAGUGGGGACAAAGUGGCCUGCCUUGGAGUGAGUGAGGUUGGAGCUGGCUCUGAUGUUUCGAGUAUCAAGACCAAGGCAGUGAGGAAAGGUGAUGAGUAUGUGAUCAAUGGGGGAAAGAUGUGGACCACCAACGGUACCCAGGCUGACUGGAUGUGUCUCCUCGCCAACACCAGUGACGGGCCCCCACAUAAGAACAAAUCACUCAUAUGUCUACCCAUGAACUUGCCAGGAGUGCACAUCGCCCGAAAGAUUGAUAAACUGGGUAUGUGGUCAUCUGACACAGCCGAAGUGUUUUUCGAUGACGUUCACGUGCCCUGUAAGAAUGUUAUCGGCCAAGAAGGCAUGGGCUUUACCUAUCAGAUGCUUCAGUUCCAGGAAGAGAGGCUUUGGGCAGUGGCCAAUAUCUUGACCACUAUGGACAACGUCAUUCAGGAGACCAUCCAGUACACACGGCAGAGGAAGAUCUUCAAGCAUCCCGUCCUUCAUCACCAGGCAGUUCACUUCAGGUUGGCUGAGCUGCAGACAGAGGUCGAGCUGCUCCGCUCUCUCCUCUACCGUGCUACAGCGCUGUAUAUUAAAGGCAACGAUGUCACCAAGCUGGCAUCCAUGGCCAAAUUAAAGGGGGGACGCCUUGCCAGAGAAGUGGGCGACAGCUGUCUCCAGUACUGGGGAGGGAUGGGCUACACCAGUGAUGUGCUAGUCAGCCGAUUUUACAGGGAUUCCAGGUUAAUGUCAAUUGGUGCAGGAGCUGAUGAGGUAAUGCUGGGAAUCAUCUGCAAGUACAUGGACACACUACCUGGCAAGUGAUGUAAUCAACGCUAACCCCAGUGGGAAAAUCACUUCUGAUUUGUGCACUUUGAUCAGUUACUCAGAUGAGGAGAUUUUGCCUUUUUAACAAUACUGUAUGUGGUCAUAAAGACAUCCUCAUACGGUCAAUCACACAGAAUAAUGAAGCCCCCCCCCCCCCUUCCUUGUCUGUACACACGUGCAACAAUGCAGUUUUGGUUGUAUGUAAUUUGUUACUUAUGUAAUUAUUGUUUAGAAUUAAGAAAAAUAAUGUUCUUUAAUAAAAAUUGUUUUAUGUUUGAGAUUUUCGCACUGAAGACAUUUCAGCACAUCCAACAGCAUGAAGUUACACCAGCUAAUCCAGAGCAUAAAAUUUGUUUAUUUACAUUAAUAUUUUUACAAUAAAGAUGAAACAAUGACGUA